ACUAGUCAGUUAAUAGUUGCAGCACGUUUUGCUUCUAACAUGUUUAUCCAUCUAAACCCAACCCAUAUUUGGAGUAUGGCAAAUACUCAAAUGGGCUGCAACCGUAAAUUUCAUUCAGAUUUCUAAAACAAACUCGAGUCACAGUCCUUGGAAGGAAGCAGCGGUUAUGGAGGGACUUUGCACAUGGUGGCACCUCGAAUUCUCUGUAUAUCGACUGCAUUCUUUAGAUAACACAGCUUGCAUUACAUGUCGCACGGGUAGGGACUGUCUGGUGGACAUGUCUACCUAACUGUCUGGUCGAUAUGGAUUUGUUGAUUGUAUUAGAUAAUAGGUAAUUCAUUCAUCUUUACUUCCUGGAGUACCCAGGUACUAGUGAUGCUAAUUGCUACAGAGUUGUGUAGUUGUGACUUAUCUAGUUUAUUGAGUAUGAAUGUUAUUUCUAAUAGCUUACAAUUUUUUCAUGUGUUUUUCCUUAUUUUGCUAUAUCGUGAGCAUGAGACUCGAGCACCAUACUAGAUGCUAUGUACUUUUGAUAUGUUUAUUUCACAGCUUGAUAGUAGCACACCUGGUGAAAACCGGGUACCGAUUCUCGUUUAUUUCUGGAUGUGCUUUGUUGAUAAAUUUAUGUUGUAUGGAGGAUAGCUUCUAGCUUGAUUUAGAAUGUUCAUCUAAUAGGGCAAGCUAUCUGCAGGAAGCAGUGUAAAGUUGUUUGGUGAUAAUGGAACCAAAGCAUUCUGCCGAAAUGUCCAGGCAUUUGGACAAGCAAAAUCAUGCCCUAAUGGAAACAUACCGAGCAAUGUCCCAUGAGUUGCAUAAACUACAAGUUGAAGAGGAAACAAUCAUGCAGAAGUUAUAUGAGCUGAUGUCUGUGGAAGGGCUUCUUCCAAAGAAUAUAGAUGAUAAAUUGAGAAGAGAAUGAGGAAUGUGAUGUUAGG